AGAAAAGGCAACGUUAUACUAAGGCCCAGCGGUUACCUUCAUGGACUACCAAAAUUAAUCAGGGAAAAUCUGUGUUCGGCAAAGAGCAAGUGUAAGCGAUAAAAAUGAUUCUGCCCUUAAAAUUUCCAAAUUGCAUCUUUUUACCUUAACCCUAGGAAUCCGGAUGCGCUGGACGGUUCGGACGACGAAAUCACCGAUUUAAACCAAGCAAUCAAGCGACCUCGCUCAAAAAGUCCGGAUCGAUUACGACCAAAGUCGAGAUCACCUACUCCUCCACCACCACUUGCCUUCCACAUUCGCGAACGUGCUCGUGCCAUUGCACGAGAAAUCAUCAAAGAUCAUAUCCCCCAUGUCAAUAACAUUCGAGAUCGAGAAAGCAUAAAUGCCCUGAACCAAUUUAAGGACAACCCUUUUGAGAUUGAAGAUGACGACGCCGAAGUAGCUGCUAUGCUCCGCCGGAUCAAAUCAGAAUACAGGCCGAAAGAUAUCAGAGAUACAUCCAGCCCCGCGCCUGGUGUGGGUGGGCUAGACAGGAAUGUCAAAAUCAUCAUCACAUGGGUGCCGCAUCCUGCCGCAAAAGAGCACCCUCCGAAUACAUGGGAUUAUAUCAUUGAUAGGGACAGUGAUUUACGGCAGAUAUUCAAGAAUAUCGCCGGACAAAAGCACAUUUUCGCACAUGAUUUGGUCGUCACCCAUGAGGACCACCAGAUACACGGCAUGAAAACCCCCCGACAGCUUGAGGGCCUGGUACGGGAAAUCCAUCUUUCGGCUUCGGAGAAAAACACAUAUGAUAUCAUCCGGGAACUUCGACGACAAGGUAAAUCACAACCGGAACCUUCCAACCUGAACGACGAAGAGAAUGGUGAUGGUGGUGGUGAUGAUGCUGAUGCUGAACCCAAAGUAGAAGAGGUCCGAAAGAUAAGACUAGACUUAAAGAGCAAACCAUUCCCUGAGGCAAAGAGGAUGAACGUUAAAGCGACCACUGCGUGUCGGUCCAUCCUGGCUGCCUACCUUAAGGCAGUUGGUGUUGAUCCAGGCAAGAAAGGUGUUCGCCUCAUGUUUGAGGGCGAAUCGCUCGCCCUUGAUAAACCCAUCGGUAGUCAUGAUCUUGAUCUUGACGAAGAUGACGAAGAUGAUGAGGAUCCUAGUGGUGUCCAGAUUGAUGUAGUGGGCCUUUGAGAUUCACCGAUUCAUCGAUUUGGGAGUAUGUAUAGUAGUCGAAAAUAUUAUCAUUGCAUCAUUCAUCUUC